CUCAAAAGUGGUCGAACUAGAAACUAUGUGAAACAGCUUCUCUAUCUUUCGGUUUCGAAAUUGUUUUCUUCCGCAGAGAGAUCGUGUUUCCUACAUACAAAAUACAUACAUUGGGUCGUUUUUGCUUUUGUGUUUUGAACUAUUUAGAUUAAUUGUAUUUGCUUGAUAUAAAUUAUGGCUCUUUUGGACGUCAGUGGAUAUAAAAAUCACUCCGCGCAACAGUUUGGCUUCAGACAGACGCAUCUUCUCGACGGGCUGAAUCAUUACAGUUUUGGGACAAAAUGUCAAGAAUUUGCGGUACCAGUCGGAGUAGACCCCUCUAAGUUUCUGAAGUCAUGUAGCUGUGAUGAUGGUGUUUGUAUAGACCUGAAUCAUGGCACCACAACCCUGGCAUUCAAGUUUCGGCAUGGGGUCAUUGUGGCUGUUGACUCCAGAGCAUCUGCUGGAAAAUACAUAGCAUCAAAGGAGGCUAAUAAAGUGAUUGAGAUCAAUCCUUACCUGCUGGGCACCAUGUCUGGCAGCGCUGCAGACUGUCAGUAUUGGGAGAGACUGCUGGCUAAAGAGUGCAGACUUUAUAAACUACGUAACAAGCAGAGGAUCUCAGUGUCUGCAGCCUCCAAACUUCUCUGUAACAUGAUGUUGGGAUACAGAGGGAUGGGUCUCUCUAUGGGCAGUAUGAUCUGUGGCUGGGACAAACAGGGUCCAGGUCUGUAUUAUGUGGAUGACAAUGGCACCCGUCUAUCUGGUCGGAUGUUUUCCACUGGUUGUGGGAACAGUUAUGCGUAUGGUGUGGUGGACAGCGGUUAUCGUGAGGAUAUGACUGUAGAGGAGGCGUAUGAACUGGGUCGCCGUGGCAUUGCUCAUGCUACACACAGAGAUGCUUACUCUGGUGGUGUGGUCAACCUUUACCACAUGCAGGAGGAUGGCUGGAUUAAGGUGUGUAAAGAAGACGUGUCAGAGUUAAUCCACCGCUACAAGAAGGGAAUGUUUUAAUCACACAAAAUGCAAGCCAUUGUUUUAUUACGCUAUUUGCUACUACCACAGUUCUAGUACAAAAAUAAAA